CACCAUGAGCAAGCUCGACCGCGCCGUCUACGACCAGUACAUGACGCUCGACACCGGCAGCGUCACGCUCGCCGAGUACGUGUGGAUCGGCGGCUCGGGCCAGGACCUGCGCUGCAAGACCAAGACGCUGACCAAGGACGUCAAGUCGAUCGCCGACCUGCCGGUGUGGAACUUCGACGGCUCGAGCACGGGCCAGGCUCCGGGCGAGGACUCGGAGGUGCUGCUGCGCCCCGUGGCCAUCUUCAAGGACCCGUUCCGCCGCGGCAAGCACAUCCUGGUGCUGUGCGACUGCCUGAAGCCCGACAUGACGCCCAUCGCCAACAACACGCGCGCCGACGCGGCCCGCGUGAUGGAGGCGGCCAAGGGCGAGGAGCCGUGGUUCGGCAUCGAGCAGGAGUACACGCUGUUCGAGAAGGACGGCGUGACGCCGUACGGCUGGCCCAAGGGCGGCUUCCCCGGCCCGCAGGGCCCGUACUACUGCGGCGCCGGCGCGCACUCGGUGUUCGGCCGCCUCAUCGUGGACGCGCACUACCGCGCGUCGCUGUACGCGGGCAUCAACAUCUCCGGCAUCAACGCCGAGGUGAUGCCCGGCCAGUGGGAGUACCAGGUGGGUCCGUGCACGGGCAUCGAGUCGGGCGACCACCUGUGGAUGUCGCGCUACAUCCUGCUGCGCGUGUGCGAGGACUUCGGCGUGAACGUGUCGUGGGACCCCAAGCCGAUCCCGGGCGACUGGAACGGCGCCGGCUGCCACACCAACUACUCGACCAAGGCGAUGCGCGAGGAGGGCGGCAUGGCCAAGAUCAUCGAGGCCAUCGAGAAGAUGAAGCUCAAGCACAAGGAGCACAUCGCGGCGUACGGCACGGGCAACGAGCGCCGCCUGACGGGCCGCCACGAGACGGCCAGCAUGGACACGUUCUCGUACGGCGUGGCCAACCGCGGCGCGUCGAUCCGCAUCCCGCGCGUGGCGGAGGCCGAGGGCAAGGGCUACUUCGAGGACCGUCGCCCGGCGUCCAACAUGGACCCGUACGUGGUCACGGGCCGCAUCGUCAAGACGACCAUCCUCAACGAGGCCUAAGUUGUCGAGAAGCAGUCGGCGCAGCAGUUAACGUCUGCGGUGCAAGCCUCUCGUUAUUUGUAGUGGAGUAGAGCUCCAGGAGCAGCUCGUGGUGCUUCCUAUAUAUGCUUAUUGAGAAGAAUAAAGUACUUCUUUGAGAGCUUC